GACUAGGUGACUGCGGCUCCUCUCCUCUGCUCACUACAUUACACAGAUACACAGAGGCAGAGAGACGCGCAGACAGAGUACAUGUGGAAAAGUGGUCAUGGCUGUGUCAGCUCCCGUUAUCCCACCGCCCCCCCUCACUCCCACCUCCACGCCGUUAACAGGAGGCUUGUUCCGCACCGACUCCGUGUACACCAGCCCUUCGGAAUCCCCCAAACUCAGCAGCAUUGGUAACAACAUCAACAGCGGCAACGAGUGUAAGAUGGUCGAGCUCCGUGGAGUCAAAGUGGCGUCUUUCAAUGUGGACGGGCAGGAGCUGAUCUGCCUCCCGCAGGUUUUUGAUCUCUUCCUCAAGCAUCUGGUGGGCGGUUUGCAUACGGUUUACACUAAGUUAAAGAGACUGGAUAUAACGCCCGUGGUCUGCACUGUAGAGCAGGUCAGAAUCCUCAGAGGACUUGGAGCCAUCCAGCCCGGAGUUAACCGUUGUAAACUCAUAUCCAGAAAAGACUUUGAAACUUUGUUCAACGAUUGCACCAACGCAAGCUCCAGGCCUGGAAGACCUCCAAAACGUACACUGAGUGUAACGUUGCCAGAAAAUUCUCGCAUCAUGCCCCAUGCAGUCCCAGGUCUCUUAUCGCCAGGAAUCAUCUCACCAACAGGUUUAACUGCAGCAGCCAUGGCUGAAGCGAUGAAGUUACAAAAACUGAAACUUGCAACAAUGAAUAAUCUUCAUGGUAAUGGUAGUCAAAAUGGUGCCGAAUCCGAGAAUGAAGAACUGAAUUCCAGCUCAGGUGGAUGUGAAUCUUCGUGGGAUAAAGAGAAACUCCAGUCACCCACUACCACAGGGUCACAGCAUGUAGUCAGGCAUGCCAUACUGUCUGGUCAACACAAUCUUGCAGCCACACACUCGCAUAGCCCAUUCCAGCAGAAUCGCCUUAGAGCCAACAGACUCGAGUUGCCGUUCAUGAUGAUGCCCCACCCCCUCAUCCCUGUCAGCCUACCUCCUGCAUCGGUUACCAUGGCAAUGAGCCAGAUGAGUCACCUCAGCACCAUAGCUAACAUGGCAGUGGCAGCCCAAAUGCACAAUCCCCUCUCCAGAGCUGGAGCUUCUGUUAUCAAGGGAAUGCCACUACAGGCCGGUAAAGGUUACGCUCAUCUACUUGGACAACCUCUUGAAUUUUUGUUCUGUCACCAGGAGCGGGUUCAUAAUAGCCUAUCCCCAGAACCAUCCCUUGAAGAUAGUCAACGGCCUGGAAGUCACCCUUCUUCACACCAGAGCAGCAGUAUAUCUAGUUCACCAUCCCAACAUGAUAUUGCCUCUGACAGAAUAUCUGGUCAGCCGAGAGAAGGAGAGAUUGCUGAUCACGAUAAUGGUCCUAAUAUAAAGAGAAGCCAAAAGGAAAAAGGCUGUUCCAUAAAAGGUCCUAAGGAUGAGCCCGGGGACUCCAUCCAGACCAGUUACUUUCCAUGGAUUCGCUCUCAGGAUCGCCGAUCUUACAAAUGCCAAGAUGAGACUCAGCUGGUGAUGCCCACGAUCAGAACCAGCAUUGAGAAGUUCCACAUGGCUGGGCAGGUCCUGCCCCCAGGAUUUCCUGCACCAUUCUUAUUUGCUGAUGGACUUUCUUCAAUAGAAACACUUCUAACCAAUAUUCAGGGCCUGCUGAAGGUGGCUGUUGACAAUGCUCGUGUGCAGGAGAAGCAGAUACAACAGGAGAAGAAAGAACUGAAGCUGGAGCUGUUCAGGGAGAGAGAAAUGAGAGAAACCUUAGAGAGACAACUCACAACAGAACAGCACAAUAGAGCAACAAUCCAGAAACGACUGAAGAAAGAGAAAAAGGCAAAGAGGAAAUUACAGGAAGCACUGGAAUUUGAGUCAAAGCGACGAGAGCAAGUGGAACAAGCUUUACAACAGGUCACAUCCACAGAAAGUCUCAGGGUGCUUAAUGAUGCAGUAAUUCCCGAGAUGGAAGCUGAACACUGUGGGACUCAGCUUGACACAACACCAACAGUACAAGAUAGACCAUACAUGAAAACAUCCAUCCUGUAUUGAGAGGCGUUUUAUACCAAACUGAACCAUGUAAUGACAACAUUUCCACACUCCAAUGAAACCAAGUCUGGGUACAGCAAAUACUUCAAGCCACUUUCAGUCGAAGCAACCUCUGUUCAUGCAUUUUAAAAAGGAAAACAAAUAACCACGCACAUUGUGGUGGAUUAGUACUGUAGCAUCAUCUGUGCUACAGAUAAAGUUGCCAAUGUGGUGAAGUUUUUAUACUAUAGUUGCUGCACCAGAACAUUUUACCUGUUAAAAGCCAUGCCUUGUUGGUUAAAACAUCGUGUGCCAUGUUAAUUUAAAGCACACCAACAGCCAACACAAACAGAAGAGACAUUGCAGAUUGGUGAAUUUACAGCACAUCAGGCUUAAUACAAGGCUGUGAAGAACAAUUAGCCCAGAAGCAGCUGAAGAGCUUUGUAAUUAAUGGCUGAAGAAAUCCUGCAACAAAACUGUUCAUUGUAAUUAUUAAUAAAGCUUUCUCUGUUAAAACUGGUCUAUUUAAAAAAAAAAGGGCCCCAUUUAGAAAUAAAAUGUGGAAAAAGCAGCAAAGUUUUGCUGAAUAAUGGUGCCCUUCAGUUUUGUGAUCCAUCUGCAAGAAAAGCAUUGAUUUGUCAUUAACAUCUUUUACACUCCACUCAAAUAUUGGGGAAGGAAGUGAGAUAUAUGCAGUAGAAUAUUAGGAAAUGAAAUCUUUUUAAAUGGUUAGUUGCUCGUAUAAGCUACCAUAAUUUUGUUCAAAAUAUUUAGUUUAAAUUUCAACUCUGACCAGUAAAAAGGAAUGUUGACUAGUAAAGAUACCAUGUUAAUAGAACUUUCAGUUUGUCUUUUGUCUUUGCAGAGCUGUUCACAAAACAUUGACCCUGCUGUUCAAUUCAAAUUGACAGUAAAAUUGGUGCUGAUGUUAGUUAUUGUUUAUAGCUUUGUAGUGGAGUAUAUAUACCACAAGCUCACUGCAUAUCACGUGCAGACAUUGUUAAAGGAAGCUUAUACACAAUGCAGCACUGUAAAAAUCUCAGUGGCAAAUGGCUUAUGUCUGCACUCUGUUCCAAAUAGGAACUUGUUCCAAUGUAAUCAUCACUUUAAGUGAAGAAAUGAAUUGUAAAUAACUGGAAGUAAAUGAAGAGUCUUCUGUUGGGUAGCGCAGAUCAUUUAUAUUUUUGCUUCAGUUAACUGCCUUAUUAAUGAUUUAUAGAUGUGUAUGCAGCUGGAAAAACAGCUGAGUUACACUCCCUAUCUCACACUUAAGGAAAAUUAUACACAUGAAAUCCUCGACAUAAAAUUUUAUAAGAAUGAACAAGGAUGCGUGGCAACAUUUCAUAGCAGUUCGUAACAAUUUGCUGAUGGAACCCGUACAAUUAACAAUCAGCCGAAUAAACAGUCAGUCCCUUUUAUAGACAAAGAGUUAUUAUGGUGACAGCAUGGUAGAAAAUACAUUAUAUGAAGCAUAAUAUCUGGAGGAUAAAAAAAAACAGGUCAUGAGUUAUGUUCUUAUCUGUUCCAUGCAAUGGUACAUCUUGCCUUUUGUUAGUAAUCAGUGUUUUCACAUGAAGCCAGUUCACUAAUUUUACCAUCAAAUGAAAAGACUAAACUCUUUUGGUGUAAAUUAGUUAUCUGUCUCUUCUCUUGGACCUGGAGUGUAAAGCAUAAGCCAUUAAUAAAUGGUACUUUUUAUUAAGUAACCAUUUCAGCAAUUCAACUUAAAUUAUGUUGGUAAUAGGUAAAAGUAAAAAUAAAUUCAAUUAGUUCUUUGGUGAUAGUUGCGCUAAAGAGCUUCACUCUAGCUCUCGCAAGAUAUAAUGCCACCAAAAGGAUUAUCUGAGUUAAUUUCAGUGCUUAUGUAAAACUACCAGCAACCCUUCAGAAAUAUUUGAUAACCUUCACACUUCAACAACUAGAGAUGUCAUUUAAAAUGCUGCAGGGAGCACAUAAUAUUUAACUUUGAGCUUCUGAAUGUUGAGCUACAUUGUUUUUGUAAUUACAUCAUUUCAUUCCAAUGUCAGAAAACAAUGACAAUACACAUCAGGAACAUCUUUUUUGUAAAAACAGUUGCUGUUACUUCAACUAAAACACAAAUCCCCUUCCUGUACUUAUGACAUUGUUUUGUUUCUGAAUCAUUUCCUUUCAUAUGGCUUUACUCUUAAAUAUGGCUAGCUGAUUUUGUUUCAUUCUCAUGAUAAGUUUAAUCACCAUGUGUUUUCAUGAUCAAAUAUAUGAAAUUCCAUGUUUGACUUUGGAUGCAUCGUGGCAGUAGGGUUCAUAUUGAGGGUAAAAAUGCACUCCAUAGGCAAAUCUUCUUCUUAUCGAGUCCACACACAAGAUUAGAAGUGGUUCAGCCAGAGCGGAACACACUUCUCGGCAUCUGCAUACAAUGGUGUCUGUCUUGCGCGUCUUGUGCGUGGUGGUGGAGAGAUUGGUGAAAACAGGGCCGCGAAGUGAACGCUCUUUCCUUUACCCCAAUAGGCAAAUUAUACAAUCUUAUGUUACGUCAACAAUAUAAAAUGAACAAUUCAAAAUAUUCCCAUUAUUCCCUCAUUGUUUCAUUGUAUUAGACUUUUAGCCAUUAUUGUACGACAGGACCUUAAUAACUUUUAAAGUCCAUUAUAUAUACUGCCACCCCAGAUCGAGCUGGCAACGAGAACCCACGUCAUUAUAAAUACAGAAGGUUUCUGGAUAAUGUUCAGUGUUUCCACAUAUAAUGCUAAAGGGAAUCCAGGUUGAUUUUGGACUCAUGAUAAGUCAAAAAUCAGUUCAUUUUAGGGUCAAUUUUAAAUAGUUUCAGUUUCAGGAAUAAAAUUAUAAAAUGUGAGCAGUAGUCAUUUUUCAUUAAAAUUAUUGAAUUUAUUGUGAUUGAUUAUGGAUGUAAGAUAAAAAACACACCAAGGCAAAUUGAAUUUGCUAAAUGUAAUUGAAUAUAAAGAGAAUGCAAUAGCUGCUGUCUAUGUAAAGCAUGACCUGUGUUUUGUAGGACCAGCCAAUGUUACUGUUGGUGAUUACAGCAGAUAAAUCAAACCUAACUAUAUUGGCAUGUGUCAAUAUCUGGGGUAUAAUAACACUAGAGAUGACUUAAGUUCUGAAAAGUUAAGCCAGCAGUUGCUUUCUCUUGAAAUACACAAAUUGCAUUGAUAAUUCCAAUUAUGUGACGGCACCUACCAGACCUGGAAUCUUUUUCACCCCAUGUCAAGCAGAGAUAUACUGUUUCUAAUAUUUUCCUUGGGUGAUGAGAACACGCGGAUAAACAAACUCAAUUUAUGAUGACCUUCAUCUGGUAAAGAGAUUUCACACACAGCAAAGGAAAUGAUUUUAUUUAAUUACAGUUGCUGGUGUUUUACAUCUUAUAAACUGUAAAAUUCAAGCAGCAAACAAGCAGCACCUGCUUUUAUUUUGCUCUGACACAAAUUACAAGCUUGUCAACAAAUGGACCUUUGCAUCACACAUUAAUGGAAAGGUGUAAUUCACAAAGAAAUGUGUUUAAUUAUCAGCGUGUUUGGGCAUCGUGUUACUUAACUCUGACUGGUUGGUGUUGGCUCAACUGCAAACUAUUUGUUAGACUGUGAGUUCAGCAUGCUGCUCUGGUCAAUGAAUUGCUGAAACUUAUUUUUCUCAUUUUACUGAAGUGUUUAUUGAACUACAUGCGUUCCAUUCAGAAACUGCUACUGUUUUAUAUGAAAAACAGGAGUAAAAGAUAGUUAGGGUUAAUGGCAGCUGGAGCCAAGUCUAUUUGAAGCUGGAAAAAGCAUCUAUGUGCAUUUAAAUUUAAGGUAUCCAGAUUUUCAAUGGGCUCUGUUGAGAGGUUACUCUGAAGUGAUCAUUUGAAAAGCAAAAAUGAGCUUUAUGUGAAUGACAAACAAUCUCUUGUUAAUCUUGUAAGUAAAUUGAAAAUAGCCAUUAUAAUUGUCGCUAUUUUUUGCCCCCUCUGUGCUUCAUUAGUAAUAUUAGCACAUUUGUUUACUUACCUCCAAAUAUCAUCUUCCAUCAAUUUUAAGAUUUAAAAUAUGAUAUUUUAUUUUGAUAAGUUUUGACAGACUAUCAUCACAGGAGCACAACCUUGAUCAAACAUUCUGUUUCGUUAAAUAUUUUACACUUAAUAAAGUUGAUCAAUAAUUAGACAUGAAAAA